GUUAUCUGAAAAUUAUCCUAAAAAGUUAGACCAAAUUUUCAGAUGAAGCUUCCACUUUUCUGCCUUUUCCUGGCCCUCACCUUGCAAAUCUCUCUCUCCACAUCAAUCCGAAAUAUUGAAAAGCGUCAAAUUUGCUCAAACGGCGGUUGUAACACUUGCGACGGUCGCAGUUGCAACAGCUGCAGCAACAACGUGUGUUGUUCCAGCAUAAGUUGCAACCAGUGCGUCAACCAGUGUGCCAACGACUGCAACAGUGUGCAAUGCACAAACAACUGCGUUCGGGGUUGCCAAACAUCCUGCCAAAAUCAACCCCAAUCCUGCAACAGCCAAUCGUGUUCCUCGUGUGUCAACAGAUGUUCCAGUCAAUGUACAACCAAUCAAUGCAUCAACAGUUGUGCCAACAACUGUGGAGGUUGCAAAGACAAGAUUGAAAAUAGUAAUGAUGCGAUUAUUGUGGAACCGCCGCAACCAUCCAGUGUCAUUGUCAACAAUACCAACAAUAAUUUGGUAAAUUUGACAACACAGGUUGACAUUCACAACGUUGUUCAUAAUUUCAAUAACAUAACCAUCCCGGUUUAUGUCAAUACGACUAACAUUAACAACAUUAAUUUGUCACACAGCGAUGAGACGAGAUCCUACACAAAUAGUUCCAAUGGCCAUAUUGAGUAUAUACCAAUUCCUCAACCAAUUCCAAUUGUACAACCACAACCUCAAAUUCCACAAUUUAUUUAUCCUCAAGCUACACAAGAAAAUUGUUGCACCGUUUUGCACCCCAGGCAAUGUUAUACUGCUGAAGGGGGCGAAAGUAGGUGUUUUAUAAGACGGCAUAGAGAAUGUUCCAGUUCUUGUACAAGUCCAGUGGUUACAAUUGAACAAAACGACGACGAAAGAACUCAAAAUUGUCAAUUUAUACGUAAUUGGCCUUACGCCUAUUGUGGAAAUUAUCGUCGUGGAGAUUGUAACAGUUGUUACACUUGUGGUGGAAAUUACAAUCCUUCACAAUGUUUCAAAUCGUCCGGAUGUUCGGAUCUUUGCAGAAGAGGGGCGCCGCCUUGUGUUGCUGACCAAAACGGAUUGCGAUGCAACUAAUUGUAGUUUAUUAAAAAAAAACACUGCCAGUAGUGGUAUUAAUUUGACUUUCUACCGUUUAACUUUGUUUAAUUUCAUUUGUUGUAUAAAUGGAUCAAAAAAUGUAAAAAAUAAAUAUUUGCGUCGUUUUAUUUGAUAGAAAGAGGGUUUAGAACGUAAUCGGGUCGGAGAUACGACCACAAGUCAAGGAUGUAAAAAAUAAACAUGAUUUUUGACAUAU